AUGGCUCGCAGACUCCGCUUCUCCUCCUGGGCACUGGUCUGCUGGCUGCUGGCGACCGUGGCGGAAGGACAGGAGGCAUUCACCCCUCCCGGAGGCUCACAGAAUAACGCCGACCCCACGGACUGCCAGAUCUUCACACUCACCCCUCCGCCCGUCACGCGGAGUCCGGUGACAAGAGUCCAGCCCAUCACAAGGACACCCAAGCCUCCCUUCCGUGUUUUCCCACCGAGAAGACCCAGAAUCUACUUCAGGUUUCCAAUCAGACCUUUCUUUCCUCCAAAGUGCAACCACCGUUUCCAGUUCCAGCCAUUUUACUGGCCACGUGGCCACCUUCCUCCUCACAGAUAUGUCCCCAGAAGGACACUCCGAAGACGAAGCUCAUCUGAGGAAAGCUGA